CACAAUAAGCACGACCCGAGCCGAAAUAAUAAAUAAUUCUCAGAUACAUUUUGGAAGUCAAUCAGUUCACAAUGAAGUCAAUUUUUGUUAUGUUGGGAAUUGUUUUAAUUGUUUUAACUGUCAAGUCAGUUGAAAUAAGCGGACAUGGACAUGAAAGUCACAGUAAUCAGUGCACUGACUGCAAAAAAGAAGAUAAUAUCUUUAUGGGCGAUCAUAAUGAUGUUAAUAAAUACCACGAAGAUGAUAAACAUAUAGAACAUCAUGCACACAACAGGGAUUUUGUGGAAAAUCAUGGUCACGGACCUCACAAUCAAGAUUUUGUAGAAAAUCACAAACACCGUAAUCGAGGACAUGGACAUCACUAGGUUUGGAGUCAAGGUCAUAAUAUAUUGAGUAUUUUUUUAAUAAUUAAUAUAUUUAAUUUCAAAAAUGUUGACAGGAAAUAAAACUUACAAAAGUUUCUUUGUAUUCAUUCCUUAGACUUUCCUUUCUGCUUAUUUUGAUUGUUCUGAUUCUGUCCACCGUACUUGGCUUUGUUAUGGAACUUUUUGGGAUUAAUUCCAAAAGCUUUCAACCGUUCAUCAGCGAUUCCAUUUGUUGACUGAUUAUUUUGCUUCCAGUUUUGCUUGCUGUCGAAUUUCCUCUUCUUGAAGUUGUUUUUCUGUGGCUGAGUGCCUUCGAAUUUUCGUUUCUUAUUAUUUUGGUGAUUUCUGGAUGUUAAAAGGGUCAUUAUUUUGGGAAUUUCCGUACUUGUUGUUGGUU